AUGUCAGAAUUAUUGUACACGGGAAUCCACACAUUCAGUGUUCCGGCAAAAGAGUUGAUAUUUGAAUAUAUCGUGUAUCGUCCAGCCACCGAAAAGGAAGAUCCACACAAUAUAAUUGUUGUCCAAUGCCCCGGCUGGGGCUUGGGAUCUGAGUAUCUUGAAAGUGGAAUGCAAGACUUAUGGAGGCCAGGAAUCCACACGAGUACCGCAAGUACCAACGGCUAUACUGUGGUCUUCUUCCAUCCUCGUGGAACGGGGGGAUCAUCCAGACCACCGGCAUCCCAGAUGAGCAGUAUGCCCGAUCUUGCCUCCGACUUGGAGGAUCUCCGACAGCACCUACAUCUGGAACAAUACCCGGUUUUACUGGGCCAUUCGAACGGCGGAGCGAUUGCGCUAGGGUACGCAGAGAUGUAUCCCGGUCGUGUUGGCAAGCUCGUUCUCCUUGACCACCAGCUAGUCGGAUUUCAGGAUAAGAGAUUGUUGCAGCUCGAAGCUACGCGCAUUGAUCCUCGUUACCAGGAUGCUUGGGAUAGUGUGUCGGAUCGGCAAACCGGAUCCGACGAGGAAUUUACCACGUCGGUUCGAGGCAUGUGGCCUUUGUAUUUCUUUGAUCCACAGCAGUAUGUACCGGAGCUGCUGCGUGAUAUUGGCGAUCGCAAGUUGUCAGUUUGGUGCUACCAAGCCCAGGGUCGAUGUGACAAGGAAUUGCUGGAUCCAAUGCAAAUGGUGGAUAGGCUUGGUGACGUUCAGGCAGAAACACUCAUCAUAUUCGGCCGCGAAGAUAUGAUCUGUGGGAUAGGAAUCGCGGAACGGACAGCGAAGGAUAUUCAAAAAUCCCAGCUCAUUACCUACGGCGAAUGUGGGCAUUUCCCCUGGAUUGAGAAAAGGGAAGCGACCAUAUUUGAUAUACGUAAAUUCAUCGAGAAGGAAGAAUAG